UGUACGCUUGGUUACCAAGGGUAAUGUAACCAGGCAACAUUUGGCUUCUCUAUCCGAGUCGCAGCAAAGAAAGGAAAAAGCUUUACAAAUACUUAUUGGGAGGCAUGCAAAAUAUAACCAAACGAAAAAAACUAACUUGUUGUAAUAAAUUAAGGUUGAGCCAUUAGAAAAGGGAUGAAGCCGGGUUCCAAAUCUCAACCUCACACAGUAACUGCAGUUUAUGGCAAAGGAAGGACUGAUUUUGACGAGAAGUCAGACCAUGCGGAUUUGGUAAAGGAAGCAGAGAGGCUGCUGAGGAGCCAAGCUCAGGAUGGAGAUCAGGAGGCCUCUUUCCUUCUGGGACAGCUGUACUUUGAAGAAGGCUGGUACGAGGAGGCACUGCAACAGUUUGAAAAAAUCAAGGAAAAGGACCGUAAUGCUCUGUACCAGCUUGGUGUGAUGUAUUAUGAUGGACUAGGCACACAAGCAGACCACAAAAAGGCAUUAGAUUAUAUGAACAAGAUUGCCGAAUGUGACACCCCAAAAGCGCAAACCCUUAAACAUGCUGCUCUAUACAACCUGGGCCGAGCAUAUCUGGAAGGAUACAGUGUCAAACACUCUGACGCAGAGGCAGAAAGGUUGUGGCUGUUGGCUGCAGAUGAUGGAAACCCAAAAGCCAGCAUAAAAGCACAGUGUGCCCUGGGAAUGUUUUAUUCCAGACCACAUACAACGGAUCUAAAGAAGGCAUUCUUCUGGCAUUCUGAAGCCUGUGGCAACGGAAGUCUCGAGUCCCAGGGUGCACUGGGUGUCAUGUACCUCAAAGGACAUGGCAUUCGCAAGGAUACUCGCUCUGCAUUCCUGUGCUUGAAAGAAGCCGCAGAGCGAGGGAAUGUCUAUGCUCAGGGUCAUCUGGUGUCCUAUUACUACAACAACAAGCUAUACUCCAGAGCAACUGAGCUUGCCAGAAGGAUUUCAAAAUAUGAUGACAUUCCAGCAAUAGCAAGGACCACAGAUUGUCUGCCACACUACAUAACACAAGGGAUUGCCAUUGCACUUUUCUACUAUGCCAGGUGUCUGCAUCUGGGCUUGGGUGUACAGCAGAACAGGGAGGAAGCCAUGCCGUUGUACUCAAAGGCAUGUUGUCUUGACACGGAUAUUUUUGCUGAGCUGCAAGAUGAAGUUAUCUUUGGAUAGAUUUAGAAAACGCCUCAUCCCAUCUGAACAUUUACAAACGAUUCUGCUGCGAAGAACACUUUUUUUUUUUUUUUUUGCUUUGUUUUUGUGACGGUGCACAAUUAGGUUAAUGUUAUGCAUAUGUUGAAUGAUUUACUUGCUGCAUGAAUAAAAAUAAUGUCAUCCCAGUGCCAUUAACUCAGUUCUUAAUUAGCCUGUUUGUUGAACAAGUGCCCUUUACAUUUAAAAGGUUCCAUUAUAAAAAACCUUGUAAAUCAUGCUUCAAUUGAGUUACGUGCACUUGGAAUACUUUACCUGCAAAGAUGCUGCCUCACGAUGAAUGAAAAUCCCCGAAAUGUAUUGGCUGUUUGUUCCGCUUAUGAAUUUCUUUAGUAUUGUAAUUGUUUGCAUCAAAGGUUCCUUUCAUCUGAACAGUAAUACUGGAGAUAUAUGUCAUGCAGACAAGUUUUCACUUUUAGUAAUUCAUGCCAGAGACUACACAGAAUCUGUGAAAUGCAGUGGAUUUUUUUUUUUUUUAUGCAAACUUGUGUUUUUUGCAAACACAUGCGCUUUUGAUUCUUGGAUGUUUUAUUAUAAUAAAUAUAGUACUGUCAAUUAACUACAUAAGUAAAAGGAACAGAUAUGGGAUUAAAACAUUGGCAUAUACAAAUAAAGCCGGAUGUGAUGUUUUGCAUUUUGUCCUAACUGUAAUUCAGACCUAUGUAAUACCACACAAUAUGAAUCAGUAUAAAAUCAGCCAUGCUUAUAUAAAGGAAAUAGCCAAGCCUUA